AUGAAGAUGAACUUCCGAUACUACGAGAACGGAGACGUCGGAGUGUCGCUUGAUGAGACUGUCAAGUCGGAAGAUCUCAUGGAUAUCAUCUACGCGUUCAACGGAGCCACCGAGAAGGACGUGACUAAGCUUCGCGAAGAGCGUUGGGAAGUGGCGUGUCCUCUGAUCGGCAACUCCCCGCACUCCCGCUCCUCCCUCUUCCUCCAACAUCCCGUUUUCAACACGUACCACAGCGAGCAACAGCUCGUCCGUUACAUGAAAAGAUUGGAGAACAAGGACGUCUCGCUCGUCCAUUCCAUGAUUCCGCUCGGAAGCUGCACGAUGAAGUUGAAUGCCUCGGCCGAACUGAUCCCCAUUACGUGGCCCAGUCUCUCCUCCAUUCAUCCAUUCGCUCCGCUCGAACAGGCCAAGGGAUACAGUCAAAUCUUCCAUGAUCUGGAGAAAUGGCUCUGCGAGAUCACCGGAUACGACAACUUCAGCCUGCAACCGAACUCUGGGGCUAAUGGAGAGUACGCUGGACUGCUGGCCAUCAGAAACUACCUUAUUCACAAGGGACAAGAGCAAAGAAACGUAAGAGGUUCCUUUGUUUCUCAUCGCAUUCUACCUGUUUUCAGAUCUGUCUCAUUCCCACUUCUGCUCACGGAACCAAUCCCGCCUCCGCCCACAUGGCCAACAUGAAAGUGGUCGUUGUGGAUUCCGAUCAUCACGGAAACAUCAACUACAAAGAUCUGGCGGCGAAGGCGGAGAAGUACUCGAACGAGCUGGCAGCCAUCAUGGUCACCUACCCGUCCACUCACGGAGUCUUCGAGUCUUCGAUCCGCGAUGUUUGUGACAAAGUGCACGAGCACGGCGGACAGGUCUAUCUCGACGGAGCCAAUAUGAACGCGCAAGUGGGUCUGUGCCGCCCGGGAGAUUACGGUAGUGACGUGUCUCAUCUCAACCUCCACAAGACAUUCUGCAUUCCGCACGGAGGAGGAGGGCCAGGAGUGGACCAAUCGGAGUGUAAGUGGCGACUCGACUUGUAUUCUUAUUAAUUCCUUAUUCAGAAAGAAGCACUUGGCCCCGUUCCUGCCCGGUCACUCCGUGGUCCCGGUCGAUGGCCGUAAAGCGGGCUCCGUAGCGUCUGCUCCGUACGGCUCCGCGAGCAUUCUUGCUAUCACGUGGGCGUACAUUCGGAUGAUGGGAGCCAGCGGACUGAAAGAAGCCACGCAGGUCGCUAUUCUAAAUGCCAACUACAUGGCCAAGCGACUCGAGAACGAGUACCGGAUUGUGUACAAGGGUUGGCUCGAUAUUUUAGGUAGUGCAGAAGAAACAACGUUAACUUGCAGACGAGCAAGGUCUUGUCGCCCACGAGUUCAUCAUGGAUUGCAAGCCAUUCAAGAAGCACGGAAUCGAAGUGGUCGACAUUGCGAAGCGGUUGAUGGACUACGGAUUCCACUCGCCGACAAUGUCGUGGCCAGUCCACGACUGUCUCAUGAUUGAGCCGACCGAAUCCGGUCCGUCCAGCUCUUACUUUAAUCGUCGAAUCCCAUUUCGAUUGCAGAAGACAAAGGAGAGAUGGACCGACUCGUCGACGCUCUUCUGGCCAUCCGCGAAGAGAUCCGGCAGGUCGAGAACGGCACCUUCGACAAGCACCUGAAUCCGUUGAAAAUGGCGCCGCACACUCUGGAGAAGGUGGUCUCCGACAGCUGGAACAUGCCGUACCCCCGCGAAUUGGCCGCCUUCCCGAAGCCGUGGUGCGCGCACAAAGCGUGGCCGACGGUCGGACGAGUCGACGAUCAGUACGGAGACAGAAACCUGGUGUGCACUUGUCCGCCUAUCGAAGCUUACCAAUAA